GGAUGAGGCUAGGGCAAAGCGGGGAUGGCGGUCAUUUAUUCAAUCAAAGCUUUUGUUUGCUUUCUCGAUUUAUUUAGCUUGAGCAGGCUUGAGCAACAUAUUUUUUUCUGAACAAUAAUCAAUGUGGUACAUAUAAACAGAGAAACAGAAUCAUGUGAAAAAUCAAAUACACAUUUUUCUCGCAUGGAUCAUAGUAAUAUUCAUGACUCAGCCGAGUGCAACAAUAGAUUUUAGUGUAUUCUUGAUUGCAUUUUUAGAUAAUUCUCAUGUCACUCAAAAAAAAACCAAGUGCCAAGCCGUCGUCCAGGGGAUAUGGAUUUGCGCAUUCUUUUUGCGAAAAUGGACUUUGCGUUUAGAUUAUCCGCCCUGCUCUAUUUCCGAGAUAAUAUCAUCGACACAACUGAUAACCUUAGGCAACGUUUGGUCUAUGAUUUCGUUCUUGUAUUGGUCUGUUUUGUUUUAACUGUCAAAUUGUAUGCAUUGUACUUUAAGUUUGUACAUCACUUGUCACUUCACCCAAAGUUCAUUUAGCAUAUGUCAGUUGUAAACGGAUCGAAACAUCACACCAUCAACUCAAAACAGUGACGAAGGGCUUGAGGUAUCUGGUUCUCCGAGUCCUUCGAUAAGGGCUUCUGUCUGCAGUUUACACAGACAAGAACAAGACGAUAUAAAAAGCCUCACCUAUGCUCAAUUAAUCAAAACUUGCAAACUCGACCUUCGAGAAUAAACACUGCCUUCAAAUGGAGCCAAAAAUUGAAGAAUGCUCAGUUUCACAGCAACAAGUGAAACCAGAGAAACUAAGACUGUGCCUGAAACAGAAAGCUUCACAUGGUGUUGGGCACAUUUUGAACGACCUCGUGUCUUCAGUAUGGUUUACAUAUUUGAUCAUUUACCUUACUAAAGUGGUACAGUUAUCGAACCGUCAUACGGGGCUGGUAAUUCUACUCGGUCAGCUAGCGGACGGGAUAUUCACACCGUUUAUAGGGAUCCUAUGUGACAGGACGGUUUGUCAAUACGGUCGCCGCAAGCUAUGGCAUUUGAUAGGCUCUCUACUGGUCACUAUCACCUUCCCGCUGCUUCUGACCAGGCUUCUGAGUCACGGCGAGGGGGAGGCGGCGAAGGUUGCCUACUAUGUAGCGGUAGCGGCGGUGUUUCAGUUCGGAUGGGGCUGUGUGCAGAUAAGUCAUUUGUCGCUGAUUCCGGAGAUUUGUGAACAAAGCGGGGAAAGGGUUGAGCUUAAUGCAAUAAGGUCGGCGUUCACGUUUCUGUGCGGCAUCUUCGUGUAUGGUGUCACGUGGGUUCUACUCGGUCAGAGCACUGAGUCCCAGCUCUCCCCAGGCCUCUGGAAAGAGUUUAUGUAUCUCUCGUUAAUCGUCAUAGGAACGGGGAAUGUGUUUAACGUCGUCUUCCACGUGAUAGUCAAAGAGCCGCCCUCAUCUCGGCUGCUCGAAAAACUAGCGAGGAAGAAUCGACAACAUAGCGAAAACUCCACGACAAAUAACGAGUGCACUACGACAAACGACCAUCCACAAGCCACCUAUUGCAAUGGGGGUCUGGAACUAGUUGAAAGUAACCACAGCAACGGACCUACAACGGAUAUGACAUCAUGUGUAUCUAUGGCAGAAAGCAAUAACAACACAGCGAAAGAGAAUGAAUUUGAAAUCAAUGAACGUACUGUGUCUACCCGGGAGGGUGGAACUCCCGUCCGGGAGAGGACUAGGGUGGAAUGGCUCAAGGACCCAGCUCUAUACAAAACGGCGCUCGUAUACAUGUGUACUCGACUGGUUGUGAAUAUCUCGCAAUCCUAUCUCCCGAUCUAUCUGACGGAGACGCUUGCUUUCGAAAAGGAAGCUAUCGCCUAUUUUCCUCUAGUCGUAUUGGUCAGCGGUGUACUUGCUAGUCUCCUAGUGAAGCUGCUAAGCGACAGGAUUGGUACAAAGUUGACGUUUCUCGCGGGCGCGACAGCCUUCAUCGGCGCAUGCGUAUGGUAUUACCUGCAAACUGUGGAGUCAAGGCAAGCCGUGUAUGCAGCCACGGCACUAAUGGGCAGCGGUAGCUCCGUGAUGCUAGUGACGGCACUUUCCUUGAUCUCUGAUCUUGUCGGAAAUCUGGUGCAUUCGUGUACGGCGCCAUUAGCUUUAGUGACAAGGUAUCGAGUGGUACAGUCAUCGCCAUCAUCCAAGAGCUGAACCCUGCGAAAGGGCCACAGUAAGUCAGGAACACACCAGUAUAACAACUGGCAACAUGCCAGUAUAACCAUGGCAACAUGCCAGUAUAACCAUGGCAACAUGCAAGUAUAACCAUGGCAACAUACCAGUAUAACCAUGGUAACAUGCCAGUAUAACCAUGGAAACAUGCCAGUAUAACCAUGGUAACAUGCCGGAAUAACAAUGGCAACAUGCUAGUAUAACCAUGGCAACAAACCAGUAUAACCAUGGCAGCAUGCCAGUAUAACCAUGGCAACAUGCAAGUAUAACCAUGGGAACAUACCAGUAUAACCAUGGCAACAUGCAAGUAUAACCAUGGCAACAUGCAAGUAUAACCAUAACCAUGGCAACAUGCCAGUAUAACCAUGGCAACAUACCAGUAUAACCAUGGAAACAUACCAGUAUAACCAUGGUAACAUGCCGGAAUAACAAUAGCAACAUGCCAGUAUAACCAUGGCAACAUGCCAGUAUAACCAUGGCAACAUACCAGUAUAACCAUGGCAACAUGCCAGUAUAACCAUGGCAACAUGCAAGUAUAACCAUGUGAACAUACCAGUAAGACCAUGGGAACAUACCAGUAUAACCAUGAGAACAUACCAGAAUAACCAUGGCAACAUGCCAGUAAGACCAUGGAAACAUACCUGUAUAACCAUGGCAACAUGCCAGUAAGACCAUGGCAACAUGCCGGUAAGACCAUGGGAACAUACCAGUAUAACCAUGAGAACAUACCAGAAUAACCAUGGCAACAUGCCAGUAUAACCAUGAAAACAUGUCAGUAAAACCAUGGCAACACUUGACUUGGAAGGUUCGCUCAAAUGAAAGUGUACAACUGCGAGCUAGGAAAAGUUACCUUCCAGCAGAUAAUGGUCCGUUCUAUGGCUGUUUUUAGCAUAAUAUUUGCACUCCCAAGAUUAUUAGGCUUUCUGUGGUUGCCUUGUUUUUCCAGAUUGUCGAAUUACCUGUGGCUUUGUUAUAUCAGGGGAGGAGUGUCCAACGUGGUACGGUUGAUGGGGUUCCUUGAUUACUACGCUACUGGUUACAAGACAGUUUGUUGAUUCUAAAUAAAGACCACCUGUGGAUUUAAAUGGUCCUAGA